UGCACUUCCGGCUGCGUGAACCAAUGAAAGUGCGACCGCGGUGUCCCCCUACGCUGGCUUCCGGGCCGAGGUUGUCUGCUGGAGCACUGGGUCCGUUUGGCCUUCAGGGCCUGACAGCAAUGGUGCCAGAAGCUUCCAUUUAGAUCAGCAGCUCCAACUUCUCACCAUGGACACAUCCGAGAAGACGGAAGUGGUUCUCCUGGCCUGUGGGUCUUUUAAUCCGAUCACUAACAUGCACCUCAGGCUGUUUGAGCUGGGCAAGGACUACAUGAAUGCAACAGGGAGAUACAGAGUUAUCAAAGGCAUAAUUUCACCUGUUGGUGAUGCGUAUAAGAAGAAAGGACUCAUCCCUGCCCACCACCGAAUUAUCAUGGCAGAACUUGCCACCAAGAAUUCACCCUGGGUGGAAGUGGACACGUGGGAAAGCCUUCAGAAGGAGUGGGUGGAAACUGUGAAGGUGCUCAGACACCACCAGGAGAAGCUGGCAACUGGUGGCUGUGAGCGCUCACCUUCCCUGGACAGGCCCGGGCGGAAGAGGAAGUGGGAUGAACAGAAGCAGGACUCGAACCCAAAAAAGGCCCAAGAGCCCAAGCCAACAGGUGUGCCCAGGGUGAAACUGCUGUGUGGGGCAGAUUUACUGGAGUCCUUCAAUGUGCCCAACUUGUGGAAGAUCGAGGACAUCACCCAGAUCGUGGCCAACUACGGGCUCAUAUGUAUCACUAGGUCUGGCAGUGAUGCUCAGAAAUUCAUCUACGAGUCCGACGUGCUGUGGAGACAUCGGAGCAACAUCCACCUGGUGGAUGAGUGGAUCACCAAUGACAUCUCCUCCACCAAGAUCCGGAGAGCUCUCAGAAGGGGCCAGAGCAUCCGCUACUUGGUCCCCGACCUUGUCCAAGAGUACAUUGAAAAGCAUGACCUGUACAGCUCCGAGAGUGAAGACAGGAAUGUUGGGGUCAUUCUGGCUCCCCUCCAGAGGAACAUUGCUGAGGCCAAGCUCUGCAAUCCCACCACGUAAUGCUGUGCAUGAUGUCGGCUGCUCUUGUGGAGAUUCAAAACGACCCUUGUUAGUAACUCAGGGAAGGAAUUGCCAUCCUGUUUCAUAAGCUGAAGUUUAAAGGUUUGAUUAAAAACCAACAGGAAAUUAAGAUUAGUAGCUAAAUGAAUGUUUUGAAUAAGGUAUUUAAAAAAAAAAAAAAGAAUAAUUCCUCUUUAACAGGCUUUGGUGGCGCAUACCUUUGAACCCAGCACUCGGGAGGCAGAGGCAGGUACAGCUCUGUGAGUUCGAGGCCAGCUUGGUCUACGGAGCUAGUUCCAGGACAGGCUCCAAAGACAUACAGAGAAACUCUGUCUCCAAAAAUUAAAAACAAAAA